AUGAUUUACCAUAUAAACUCGAUGCUUCUGGGAUGUAACCGACACUGGCUCUGGCUCAUGGAUCUGGUCAAGCUCCUUAAGCUUCGGCAACAGGCUGCCUCCUAUCUGCGAUCUGAGAUCGGAAAUGGUAGGCACACUCUAUUCUGGUUUGAUAACUGGCUUGACAUGGGAAGUCCGCUUGAUGUUGCAGGUGACUCUGGCACUCAGCUCCUCGGUAUCACUCGCUACGCAACUGUCUCUGAAUCAGCCACGUCUGGACAAUGGAGCAUUCGACGAUGUCGCAGCUAUCACCUACGGGCGAUGAUAGCUCGCAUCCACGAUGUUCCAGCUCCGGUAGUGGAUGCAGAACACGACAAACUGCUAUGGCGACACGGGGAAGACGACUACAAAGCAUGGUUAUCCUCAUCGAGGACAUGGGAUCAAGUGCGAGAGAGAAGCCCCACAGUGGCAUGGAGUGAGUUGGUUUGGUUUCCACAAGCUAUACCUCGCUUCUCUUUCACUGCAUGGCUUACUGUUCGCAACCGUCUCUCAACCGGUGAUCGCAGUCAGGCUUGGGGUGAGCACCAACACUGUCGCCUCUGUGGUGAGCCACAGGAAACGCGAGACCACAUCUUCUUCGGCUGUCCUUAUACAUAUACGGUCUGGACAGAGACGAUAGGAUCACUACUUCCGAGACCAAACCCAGACUGGAACAUCACCAUCACAACACUCCUCUCUAGGCGCUUAUUUGCUUUGUCUCUCAUUCCAAGCCGUGAUCCACAGUGUUUGGUGUGA